UCCUCUGACUCACUGUGGGUGUGGUCAGGGCGGGGCUCUGGUGUCUCCAGUUUCUCUGGUGGCUGCUCUCAGGUGUUCUCAGACUCGUCAGUGUCAGAGGAGACGGCGAAGCAGCAGCAGCAUAGCCAUGUGGCCCCAACCUAACAACCAAUCAGGAUUCUGGCCCUCCGCUAACAACCAGUCAGGAGGGUCCUGGCCCAAUUCUGACAACCAACCAGGAGGGGCCUGGCCAGGUCAGUCAGGUCCAAACCCCCCCUGGCAACCAGGGCCCCAGCCAGCCAACUCUGGACCUGGACCUGGACCUGGACCGUCUGCACCUGGCGUCCCUGCCACCCAGCAAUUUAGUCCGACCAUGCCGUUCUCCCAGACCCUCCGUGACGGAUGCUAUAACAACAUGAUGAUCACCAUCCGUGGAACGGUCAAAUCUAACGCCAACAAGUUCACGGUGGAUCUGAGCGCAGGACGAGACAUUGCCUUCCACUUCAAUUCACGCUUCAAUGACUGUGGCAAGAAGGUGAUGGUCAGGAACAGCUUGCUCUCGAAUAAGUGGGGCGGAGAAGAGCGGGAACAGCAACAUUUCCCCUUCGCCCAAGGACAGAGUUUCGAGAUGAAGAUCCUCUGCAAAGAGGACGAGUUCCGGGUCGCCGUCAACGGGAGCCACCAGCUGGCCUUCAGACACCGAUACCGAGACCUGAGAUCCAUCAAAGGACUCGGCAUCUACGGCGACGUGACGCUCUCUGAGGUCAAGGUGGAAAACGUACCCUGAGAAAGAUCACAGGAUCUACAGAACAUCUACUGAGGACCUAUCAAUCUACCAAAACGACCAAUCAGAACAGAUCUCCAGGAUGGUCCUGAGGACCGUAGAGCUCAUAAUGAUUCUUAAUAGAUCUUCUGUUGUAAGUAGGUCAUAGAUCUACAGGUAAUCUCUAAAUAAGAUCUUCUCUAGAUCCUCAUGAUCUAUACAUGAUCACCACAUAGAUACUGUCAGAACCUCAGUAGAUCCUGUAGAAGACUGUCUGUAGAUCCCAAACAGAUUCUUAGUAGUAGUAGAUCUAAAAGAGAUCUGCUGGGACCUGGUCCCAUGUUCAGGAGGUUUAUCUGUGGAGUCCUUUGUCUUCUUCUGCUGUUGUUUUUACUGUGGAUGUUUUUGAAUUAUUUAGAUUUGAUUAAUGAAAUAAAAAUUCAAUCAUAUUUGUCAAAGAUCCUCUGUAGAACCUUGGUAGAUCCUCAGUAGAUCCCCAGUAGAUCCCCAAUCCUCAGCCAGUCUCUUUUAUAACCUGGAAUAUUUCUGUUGAUGAUUUUAGUGGGGUGGAUAUUAAUCCUCCCUCACCUAAUAAAAAAGAAAUCAAAGUAUUCUCUCUGUGGGUCUGCUCUAGAUCUACUAUAGAUCUACUGUAGAUCAACUAUAGAUCCACUGCAGAUCUAUAAUAGAUCAUCCUGCUGUAAUGUGUUGGAAUCAUCUCAAUAAAGGGUUAAUCUUA